AUGAUAAACGCGGUCUUAGUCUUCAACAACUCAGGCCAACCACGCCUUACGAAGUUCUAUACACAGCUGGAUACCAGCGUGCAGCAGCGUCUCAUCUCCGAGAUCUUCACCCUUGUUGCCGAUCGCUCGUCCUCAGCUUGCAACUUCCUACCACUUCCCCCAUUAUUAGCUACAACCCCCUCGGCCGCCGCAACCCCAACCCAACCCCACAAUGACACCCCCUCCCUCAUAACAUACCGCCACUACGCAACCCUCUACUUCAUCCUGAUCUCCACGUCUACGGAAUCUCCCCUCGCCCUCCUCGACCUCAUCCAAGUCUUUGUCGAAGCCCUCGACCGCCUUUUCGAAAAUGUAUGUGAACUGGAUCUGAUCUUCAACUUUGAGGCGUUGCAUGCUACGCUCGGGGAGAUGAUCGUGGGGGGAGUUGUUGUGGAGACGGGGUUGGAUAAGGUUGUGAGGGGCGUUAGGGAGCAGGGGAAGGUGAAGAAGAGGAGGGAGGUUGGGUUGGGAGGAGCGGAUGGGUUGGGGGUUGUUGGGGGUCUGGGGAUGGGGAGGGGAUGGCGGUGA